AUGUCAGAGAACACAAUUGCUGCUCUGCUUGGCUUACUUGCCAGUGCAGUUAUUGCCUAUGGAAUCCCACAGCAUUACUGUAGUUCAUAUGCAAGACCAGAAUCAGUAUCGGUUGCCUGUGAUCCGUCAGAUGCGAGUGGAAUUUUCUCCCCAUGGUACGUAAUUCAAGUUGAUGAAGAAUCGUUAAAGAAACGAGAUUAUCGUCAUCUUCAAGCCAUUCAAUCUAACGAGUGGUCAAAUUCUCAAAAUAAGCGAUAUGAAUCUCAAGUUCAACAAACGGAUAUCGCAGCAUCAUCGGAUUUCUAUCCUUAUCCACCAGACACUUGUCGAGCAACUAGAGAAGCCACUGGCAUUUCACCUUACAUUGCCCAGGCACCAGCUGCUGGUACUGAUAAGGCUAAAAAAACUGGCUAUAAUUUUUCCCAAAAUAAAGUAACAACAGAUGUUUCAACAAUAAACACCCCAAGUUCUCCAACUUCUCCAAGUUCUCAAAUCUCUCCAAGUUCUCCAAUUUCUCCAAUUACUCCAAGUACUCCAAGUAUUCAAAUUGCCUACGACAACUACCAACCCAAAAACCAUCAGAGUCCUGCCGAAACGUCCCGAACCUCACCAUAUACUUCUUAUGCAGGUUCAUACUACUACCCACCUGCAAGGACGCACAUCUACAACCCUUACGAAGAAAUAGCUAGAAGACAAGAAAUAGCGAGAAGGCAAGAAAUGACAAGAAAACUAUCUUAUGCUAUUGGAGAGAAAGGUGGUUACACAGGUGUACCUCCAUAUCCACCGCGAAGAUAUUACGUCGUCCAAAGCACCGACAGCUCACCCGAAGGAAUUCAAAAUCAAGAUAUUUAUGCCAUAUCCAAAGAAAAAAUGGAGAAACCUGUGACAGAGGAAGAAUUGCAGGCUAUCAUCAGAAGAGCAAUCGCAGUUGCUAAACAACAAAAGAAGCAACAAAAUACACUCAACGAAGAACGCGAUUCAGAAGAUGAAACAGAAAACAUUCGCAAAGUUCACGAAAAACGAGAGCGUUUGAAUUCAGAAUUUUCACCUGUGACUAUCAGCUUGGCUCCACAAAUUAAAUACAACCCUUUAAAUCUACCACCUGAAAUGAAUUUAAAAGAUAAUAUAGAGGCAGCAGUAAUUUUGGAAGAAAUUCCAGAACCAAUUAUUAUAGGAGGAAGUAGUGAGGCCGAUACGAGUGAAUAUGAUGAUUCUCAAGAAGAUGAGAGCGAUAUAUGGGGAUUAAGUCGAUGGGAAGCAAGAAAGCAGGCAGAAGAAGUAAAAAACUUUACAACUUCUAGUGGAGAUUUCAAAAGAGAAAAUGAAGAAAAAUUGGCAGAUCAACAAUUCGCAGAAGAAAUUUUGAAACAAGAAAAACUAAAAGAAGAAAGAACUGAAUCUAUUGCAGGAAUUAAUGUAGGAAUUGAUAAGGAAUUCGAUAAAGUCAGGAAAGAAGUGAGCAAAAACCGAGAAGCAGAGGAUAUUCAAAAAGAGAAGUCUCAAGAUAUGCAAAAAGAGAAGUCUGAAAAAAUAGUUGAAGGGUCUGAAGUAUUGGCUAGAAGCUCUGAAGAAAUGGUUGAAGGGUCUCAAGAAAAGGUUGAAGGGUCUAAAGAAAAUAAAGGAGAACUACGACAAAUUAUGCGUAUAGAAAAACCUAAAACUCAGACUGAAAAAUCUCAAACGGUGAUUUCUGUCAUUGAUGAACCAUCUACUUCCACAGUAUCACUUGCAACAAAAGUGAUCUAA